AUGAAAGUGUUGGAGGUUAAACCAUCGAUUAUUUCUAAGAUUACAAAACAAAUAGUCCAGAAACAACAGCAAACCCAGGAGUUUGCAAAAGAGGAGGACAAGGGAAAUGUCUUCAACUUUACAACACCGGUAACAAUUCUAAAAGAAACGGAAAUCUACCAACUUCAAGCUGAGAUUACUAUUUCGGAAUAUGAUGAUUGGGAGAUAAACAACAACUUCAGUUGGAAGGAUGAAGGGAAAAUAGUAUGGCAUAUAUCUGACAAAAUGGUUAUUAAAAACAAUGAAAGGAUAAUGGAGUGGAAACGAAAACAUCAAGAAUGGAAAAGCCAAGGCUUUCGAG